AUGCCGUCCAAGUUUUUCAAGAACCGCAGGGUCUACCUGCUUACGAGCGUGGCCUAUAUGGGCAGUCUUCUGUUCGGCUAUGAUACGGGUGUCAUGGGAAGCGUGCUGUCACUCAAAGCCUUCAAAAAAGACUUUGGCCUUCCAACGGACUCUUCUGGAUUUGCAAGCGCCCAGAAUGCCUACGUAUCGUCCAACGUGGUGUCGCUCCUCACAGCUGGAUGCUUUUUCGGUGCCAUCGCUGCAGCCUUCCUCAACGAGCGCUUCGGUCGUCGAUAUUCGCUCAUGGGCUUCUCGGUCGUAUUUCUUGUCGGUGCGGCUAUUCAGACGGCUGCACACCAUAAGAUUGGAAUGAUAUAUGCUGGACGUGUAAUCGCUGGUCUGGGUAUCGGAGGAAUGUCAUCAAUCACUCCCGUGUUCGUAUCAGAGAAUGCGCCACCUGAGGUUCGUGGACGUAUCGCCGGCCUGUUUCAGGAAUUCCUCGUUAUUGGGUCAACCUUUGCCUACUGGUUGGACUACGGCGUGUCACUCCACAUCCCAGUAUCCACCAAGCAAUGGCGGGUGCCGGUGGCCAUUCAGCUCAUUCCGGGCGGAAUUAUGCUUAUCGGUCUGUUCUUCUUGAAGGAAUCGCCCCGUUGGCUUAUGAAGAAGGGACGUCAUAGUGAAGCCGCCGUGUCUCUGGCUCAUAUUCGAUGCGAGUCGGUGGACAGCCCGGAUGUAAUCAAGGAGCUUGCAGAAAUUCGGGCUGCUAUCGAGGAAGAGCUCAACGCGACUGAGGGAGUUACCUGGCGCGAAUGCCUUCUGCCAGGAAACCGCUACCGCUUCAUCACCGGCUUUGUUCUAAUGUUUUGGCAACAAUUCAGCGGAACAAAUUCAAUUGGGUACUACGCACCACAAAUUUUCCAGACAGUCGGUGUAUCGAAGAACAACGCCUCUCUCUUUGCUACCGGCGUCUACGGUACUGUCAAGGUUAUCACUACUGGAAUCUUCUUGAUCAUUGGCAUUGACUUCGUUGGUCGCAAGAAGUCUCUCAUGGCGGGGGCUGCCUGGAUGUCAGUGAUGAUGUUCAUCAUCGGCGCAGUAUUGGCCACGCACCCUCCGAAUCCAACCACAGCCUCAGCAGGCACUGUGUCUAAAGCGUCAAUUGCUAUGGUCGCCAUGAUCUAUCUAUACGUCAUCGGAUAUUCCGCGUCCUGGGGCCCGGUUCCCUGGGUUUACUUGAGCGAAAUCUUCCCUACACGACUCCGUGCGUACGGUGUGGGUAUGGGAGCGGCGACCCAGUGGUUGUUUAACUUCGUCAUAACCAAGAUCACGCCGGAGGCCAUCAACCACAUUGGAUGGAAGACGUUCCUGAUGUUCGGUAUCUUUUGUUUGUGUAUGGGUAUCUUUGCUUUCCUCUUCAUCAAGGAAACGAAGGGCCGGACGCUGGAGGAUAUGGAUGUCUUAUUUGGAGCUGUCUCUGCUGAGCAACGCGCACAGGACGUCGAGAGGAGCAUGGCGGUUGAGAAUAAGAAAAUGGAGCUCGAGGAGAGAGAGACGGUUAGGGAAGAGAGUAAAUAA